UUUUUCCCCCCCCUUUCUUUUUUUUAUGCGGGUUAAUAAACAGGCCGGCGCUGCAAUUUAUGAAUCUGCCCUUGUAUAUGGCGGACGAAUUUUUCCAGAGGAGGGGACCGCAACAUUAACAGACUGUGCAGCGCGCGCGCGCAUAGCUUGCACGGACCCCUUAAAUCUCGUCAAAAUUCACAACUUAAUGCGCCAUUAUGCUUUACUAAAAUGUAACGUAGCGGGUCGCGAAGGGGGGGAAGUGGCUACCUUCUUUUUUCCCCCCAUUCUUUUUCAUAAUUUGGAAUCUCAUAACUAAUUCACAAUUUUUGAGGAAGCAGUUUUGUGCAGUCACCUCUGGUCGGGGAGGGAGGAUUUCAGGAGAGGGUGUCUGUUUCGCCUGAGCUGCAUCGUUUUGGAGAAGGAAAGGCACAGAGGAGGGAGAAUCAUGAGUGCACCUGAAGCACCCCAACCUUUAAAGGAACUAGCAGAUGGGGGGAGUGUAGCCACCGAUGCUUCAGCUAAGAGCUCCAGUCCGCCGCCCGUUGCCGUGAAAAAGGAGCCUGGAACCUCAGAGACGAGCAAUGGAAAAAUCGGGGAACCCAAUCCAGCAGAGAUCUGCGUUGUGAUUGGAGGAAAUGACAGAGGAUCAAAUGGAGGGGGAUCUCGCAGAGCUCAGGCCGAGGGUAUGUUUGCCCUUGGCACUCCUCCUCCAACGAAGAGCACAGACUCGUGCAUAGGUUCCUAUGUAUGUGCAGUAUGUGGCAAGAAGUACAAGUACUACAACUGCUUUCAGACACAUGUCAGGGCACACAGAGAAUCAGAGAGCAUGGUUGGAGAUGGUCUACCUCAGACACCCAACAGUAGCUUCCGUUACUCCUGUGAUAUCUGUGGAAAGAAGUAUAAGUACUACAGCUGCUUCCAGGAGCAUCGUGACCUGCAUGCUGUUGAUGAUCCAUAUGAACGGGUCGUGUUACCGGUAGAUGGCCUUAAAGAGGAGGAGCCAGUUGAACCCUAUCAGAAAAUUGGCCCCAAAACUGGCAGCUAUGUUUGUGAGUUUUGCGGGAAGCAGUACAAAUAUUUUAACCCCUACCAAGAACAUGUUGCUCUUCACACACCAAUGGGCUCAUUUGACAUUAAAGCAUCCCGGGCUCAGGAAUGUGGGAGUUUAGACAUGACCAAAUAUGGACAAAGCCAGGGUGCCAAAAUCAAAAACAGCCCAUUCAGGCGGAAACUGGAGAGUGCAAUCCAGUCUAGUCUGGUUGACACAAACAGUUCACAGAACUCAAGCGGAACACCGAGCCCUCUGGUGGCCACUACCUUCUCUACAGCACAAAAGCCCUACACAUGUGGUGCCUGUGGCAUCCAGUUCCAGUUCUACAACAACCUGCUGGAGCACAUGCAGUCGCACGCCGCUGAUAAUGAGAACCACACUAAGGGGGACUCCCCCAAAGCCUCCUCAGCCUCUGGUCCUCAGGAACAGCUGUGGAGAGCCUCCCAGCCUCAGGCCCUCCCCUCAGUUAAAAUACAGAUCCAGCCUCAAAGCAUCACCCAGAGAAACCAUGCCCUCAGCCAGAACAAUGGCCUUCCUGAGAAGGAGCGUCAGCAGGUGGCUGAGCGUCUGCUUCGAGUCAUGUGCACAGACCUGAGCAUGCUCAAUGUGCUCAACAGCAAGGACUUCCUGAAGCUGGCGCAAACCCUUGUAGACACAGGUGCUCGUCACGGCGCCUACUCCACCCGUGACGCUCUGGGCAACAUGAGCGCCCUGGCUCUGCGCCAGCUGCCCCGCAUGUACAACCAAGUGAAGGUCAAGGUCACUUGUGCUCUGGGCUCCAACGCCUCCCUCGGCAUCGCGGUAACCUGCCACUCCCAGACGUCUGGGCCCGAUGCCUGCUAUGUGCUCACCGCUUACCAGGUGGAGGGGUCAAAGCUGAAGCGCUAUGUGCUCGGCGUGAGAGAAGCUGAGCUGAGGGAAGGGCCCGAGCAGGUUCACCACUGGGUGCAGAACGUGCUGUCUGAGUUUGUCAUGUCAGACAUACGCACAGUGUAUGUCUCAGAGCCGCGGUUGUGGGCGGCUGGGUUUGCAGGAUCGCCCCUGGGAGGUGGCGGACGGGGAAGGAUAUGCCUACGAUGUGCAGGGUGCUCGCUUGGCGCCGUGGUUCAGGCCGUUCUGGGAAAGCGCAGCCUCCAGGCGCGAGGCCUUCACGAGUUAGCCGAGCUGCUCUCAACGUGCCGAGACAUCGCCUCUUCCACCACGCUGUCGCUUCGCGAGGAGCCGUAUUUGAACACAUCCACAAGCACAACCGAGGAAAGCGCACAAGGCACCGCCGCACAAUGCCCCACCCCCCCUUGCUGGGAUCGCUUGGCUGAAGCUCUGCUGCAGGUCCACUCGCACUUCGAGCACAUCUGUGAGGCCUACGGCCGCAGCAAGGCCACGGCUCCCCUCCUGCAGGGUCUCAACAAGCAUCUGCUGAGCACUCUGGCUUGCCUCCUGGCGCCUCUGCGGCUGGCGGCUCUGGAGCUGAGCAGCCAGAGGAGACCCACCUUACAGCUGGUGCUGCCAGUCUACCUACGCCUGGAGAAGUUUUUUACGUCUAAAGCCGGAGAGGCAGGAACCGGAACAGCCAGCAAGCUCUGCCAUUAUUUCCUUGAAGCGCUCAAGGAAAACUUCAAGGUAGAAAGAGCUCACCAGGUGGCCAUGGUCCUGGACCCUCAGCUGAAGCUGCGUUCUGUUCCGGCCUACCAGCACGAAGACAUCAUUUUACGCGCGUGCGACAUGGCUGCUGAAAGCAGGGAUGGAGGUAUGAGCGGAGCUGGAGGUUCAGGUGGAGAAGAAAGGGACACUGACGGCCCACCUGUCUCUAAAAUAAGCCGCAUAGAGGGGAACGGAAAGAACGGCGGCGUUUUUAGGGGCACGCUUCCCGGUACCGAUGAGGGCAAAGGCCAAAUCAGACAAGAGAUUUUCAAAUACCUGGCUGAGCCUCUUGUCCAAGGUACCCCCGAUUUGUUUCAGUUCUGGAGCUCAACCGUGAGUGAGAAGUUCCCCAGGCUGGCACGCCUGGCCCUGUGGCUCCUCGCCGUGCCCGCCGUGGGCAUCCGAAGCGAGUGUGUGACGGUGUGUGAGCAGAGCCUGAACAUGAAGAGGAGGCAGCAGGUCACCGCAGAGGAAAUGAACAAGCUUAUAUUCCUUCGCUCCAACAUGGGUUAGAAGAACAUGGCAUCAAACCUGAAGAAACCAAACUUUCACCCAAUUACUGAAGACUCUUAACUCAUAAACUGUAGUUUUAGAUGAACUGUAAACAUGCGCGUGUAGAAAACCUGAUUACUUCUCAAGACAGACGUUUCCAGAAAACCUCACAUUGUAAAGGUUUAACCACCUUUCAAACAUUAUCGCUUAUUUUCUAUAGUGAUUGGACUUCUGUAAAGCACCUUAAACAGGUAGCAGGGGGCGCAAUGGUAACUGUCACAAGUGCAGGUAAUCCUGUCUGGUACGCCGUCUUUAGGUUUGGGGCUGCACACGGAAAAGGGGAAGAGUUUGACCUCAUCACAGUCAGUGAGCUGAAACACUUAUCAGUCUACAUGUGAAACUGCUCGAAGGCUACAAUGCUGUUAUUCUGUUGUUGACAACAUUUUCAGGUAAAGUCAGCGUUCACCGUUUGAAUCUGCUGCCACACACUCAACGGUUCGUCCGAGACGCUCUGAGAGUUCCACACUGUGUGUGACAAAAGACUCAAGCUGUGGAUUUUCACUGCCAUUGCACCUCUUUACAAGGAACUGCACUAGGUUUCUGAGUUACACACAAUCGCUCAAUAGAAGAAAAAAAGUUCAGCCUCGGACAACUAAAGCUCAGUCAUUUCAGAUGAUUUGAUGGUUAUUUCAAAGAUGUAGCUUUGGAUCAGUUGCAUGCCCUGCAUGCAAGACUUGCACAAGAUAGUUUGAAAAAAAACACAAAGUUCAAAACUUUUUUGCUUUCAGUUUGUUUUUGUUUUUUUCCCACAAAUAUUUUCGCUACAUGUGCAAAGAGGAAAUCGUUACUUUGUGACAAGUCAUCCAUCUUCACUGGUAGAUUAUUUUAGCAUAACAAACAUAAACUAAAGAGGUUUACUGAGGCUAAUCGGAAAAGCUUGAUGUUCUUUAUUUUUAGUGUAACUAGGAUCUGCAUCAGUCCCCUUGACCUUUUCAGGUAUGAUGUUUUACAAAGAUGAGAUAAAUAAUAUUUGACCCCUAACAUAUUUUGCGUAAUUUUGUAGUUUUUUUGUUUUGUUUUUUAACUCCAAAAGCGCUCGUGUUCAGAAAUGGAUGCUUUUUUUCCCUCAUAAUCAACAUUUUUAUGUAUUUAUUUUUUCUUUCUUAAUUUGAGUGAGAUUUUAUAAUUAGAAGGAGUUCACGCACACAAAAGUGUUUAAUUCAUAAAGGACCCGACGGAAGAAAAUUGUUGCUAAUGUUUUUCACUGUUUCCUGGUUCCAGUUGCAGCAUCGUCUUCCUCACCUGAGCGACGCAUUUCCAUUUUUUUUAAGGCAAUAAGCUUUAAAUAAAUCUUACUAUUACCUGACUGUUCUCACGACACUCCUGCAGUUCAAUUACCCACCGGGAUAUUUAUAUUUUACGUCUGGAAAAAAAACAAAAUAAAUAAAAAUAAAAAAAACAACAGGAUAUUCUCAGGAAUGAGCACAUUCAAGCAGGCACCGCCACUUUUAACUCACUGUACCCAAACGAAACCAAACGGACCUCAGCGCUGAGGUGUAAACCCCAACUAUGGCUUUUAGGAAACCUUCCACCCCACGAUGCAGUUCUGCGACAGACGAGGGGACACAUUAGUCAAGCACAGGCAGAUUCCAGCUACAGCUUGCUUUUGGUCACAUGUGUUGCCUUUGCUUCUAGCUGGUGAAGUGCUUGGUUGUUGCGUCCGUUUUUCGAGCCUUAAGUCUCUGUCUUUUCUCGCCAACACCAUGCCUUUUAUUUUCCUUUUUGUAUGGUAGCCUUCUGUUGGCAGUUCCACGUGGACUUCCAGAGGCUGAAGACGCUGUCCUCUCAUAUUCGCCGUCGUGCAGUGCUUUCGGCGCGUCGUGGCCAGUUCUGAUUCCAUAACUCCACAAACACUGUCUUGUGUUUUUGAGUCUGCUGACAGCGCCACAUGCAUUUCAUUUUGCUGAAAGAUUGCUUCUUAAUCCGAAAGGCUGCAGUGGGAUACUUUUUAUUUAUUUAUAUGCUGUCAACCACACACACAAACACCUCUUAAUCUGCCGUUGAAGUGAAUUUUCAUAUAAAAAAACAUCAUUCUGGAUUUGACAGGGCCAAAAAAUAUGACCUCUUUGGGUUUGUUUUGUCAUUUUUUUUGCUCAUCUUUAGGCUCUGGCGCAACCUGAUGUCAUUUCAGAAAAUAAAAGAUCUUUUGGUUUUUUUUGAUUUAAAGGUACAUUUUCACUUAAGCUAAUUCUUUAUUUUAUUUAGAGAACCUCAUAGUGUUGAAUAUGUCUUCUUGACUGAACUCGCUUUUUAAUCAAAAAGGGAAAAGAAAUAACUUACUGAAAACAAUAAAAUUGUUUUUGUUUUUUUAAAGUUGCUAAACAAAAGGAAGUUGACGAAAACUUCUUUGCUUAAAUCGCGUACAUGUUUUGUUCAACAAAACCACUAAAAACAGUGACUGUAAAGGUGAGAAUAUUGGUCUACACUCAAAAAUAAUACCUCUAACCAUUUAACACCUUUUAAAAAAACCUUUGUUUUUACUGUAACCUGUAAGUUUGACUCCUUUUUUUUCUGCUUAACAGCAUCAUCUGUUUUUCGAAUGAUCGUUUUGGUGAAACGACUGAACUAAGAUGAUAGUAAACUGUAUUGAAACGGUUGUCCAAUGUUUUACCUCAAUACCCACAAGGCAGUGUUGUGAUAGAAAGAUGGAAGGUCAGAGAACUAGUCUGAAUACUGUACACUACUUUGCUGUUUUAGCAAAGGACCCUCGGCUGAACCGAUGAAGGGAUUUCUCUCACUGUUUUAUUAACUUAAGUAUUUUCAAUAGGAUACGCUCUGGGACAAAACGCCAUUGUUGACAUAUUAAUGUCAAUUUACUUACAAACAGCAUUCUUUUUUUUCUUUUUUGUUGUUAAAAAUGAAAACUAUAUAUCUAAGAUAUGCAUGCUUUUAAUAAAAGUUCUGAUAUAUAACGUCAUAAGCCAGUGUUUCUCAUCAAAAUGGAAAUGUAUCAUAUUGGCUUUGAGGUGAUGCUACUUCCCAACACUAAUGAAGCAGUCAGGUAACUGAACUUUGACCCUGCAACUUGAGAGUUGCUGUGCCGUUUGUUGGCGGGUUGACGUCAUCCGUUUCCAGAGGAUCUAUCAUGUAAAUAGAGGAGAACUGCUGUUUUUAUGCCACAAGAGGGCGACCUUCAUUUCAGAGUUCAGAAGUAGGGAGCACCAAUAACAUUUUACCUCUUUUUUCUACAGUAGCAUUUCAAAGGGUUUUGAUAUUAUAGAAAACAUCAACUUAGAUACGGUUACUAGAAAACUGAAUUCAGCUGUAAGUUGUAUUUUUCUUUUAGGAUUUUAACUUAUUCAGACAAAAGCUCAGUUGUAAAGUGUUGUAAACGAAAGCUAACAUGGGGAUCUGUUCUGUUCUACUAGUACUAUUAAUUCAGGUUAACCAACUUGGUGUUGCUUUCAUCUUAUUUUACUGGCUUUUCUUCCUUUUUAUACUCUGCUGAAAUGAAAAGACUCUUAGAUUUGUUGUUUUAUUAUUAUUAUGUUGUUUUUUUUUUGUCUUUUUACCACACUUUGGCAGCAGAUUCCUGUGUAGAUUCAGAUCUGAGUUGUCUUAUUAGUAAACCUAAUUUAUACUUUUGUAGCAACACUAUUUUUAUAUAAUGGCAAAGAAAAGGAUCAGUGUCUUUUUUUUUUUGGUUCCCUUUUUUUUCUGUGUCAGAUAUGACAGCGCUGUUAAAUGUUUAUUGAAUACAUUACCCUCUGUAGUAUGUUAUGUGUGAAUAAACUCCACAUUUGUGUCAA